AGACAAUGUGCAAAGGGCGCUGUCAAUAUUGAUGUCUUCAGAAGACGACGAAUCUGACCACCUUAGUGAAGAUGAACAUCCAUUAGUAGAUGAUGUAUCACAUACGAAUACAAUGUUAGACCAAAUUCAAAAAUCAUUUUCUCAAGAAGAUUUGAUUGCUAUUUUGAGUGGUGAAAUAAAUACAGACGCAGCUGAAACUGUGCAAUAUGCAGAUGAACAAGUACUUGUCAACAGGCCUGAAUGUACCCCACAUGCUUACAUUCCUGAUGGAGUGCCUGUUGCCAGUGCAAGCACUCAAAUAGUUAUUCAACCUCUUGAUGAACAAUUUUCUACCAGGAGCUUAGAUGUAGGUACUGUAUUUCAACAAAUUCAAAUGAACAAUGAAGCAAUGGACAUAAUAGAUACACAGCCCAAUCUGCAGGAGCCUGUAUUAAAUAUGUCUCCUGAAAGAAGAAACUUUCCCUCAAAUACUCCGAGACCAAGUUAUUCUGAGAUGCAGAAUAGAGAGCGAUUAUGGACCACAUUUGUCGGAGACUUGAAUAUCCCUUCAUUUGACAAGCCAUUGCAAGUAAGAAAAAUAUAUACUAAUAGGAGUACCCCAAAAGAUUACUUUUUGGACAUGUUUCCGGAAUCUAUGAUAAACUUAAUUGUAGAAAAUACAAACAUAUAUGCAAAUGAAAAAAGAUCACAUGGAUGGCAGGAUGUCACAAAGGAAGAGAUCUCUGCAUAUUUAGGUAUGAUGAUACUGAUGUCAAUCAAUCCAAUUUCUGAUAGCCAGCUAUAUUGGUCCACAGAUGUGUUUUAUAAAAACCCAAUUAUUUCUGGUGUCAUGACCCUAAGACGGUUCAAGAAAAUCACUGAAAAUUUUCAUAUAUCUGACAUAAGAACAGAACUACCAAAAACAUCCCCCAACUAUGACAAACUAUGUAAAAUACAACCACUCAUUCAAAAACUAAAUCAGACCUUUGCUGAAGCUUGCACAUCAUCUCAAACACAGUCCAUAGAUGAAUCUAUGAUUAAGUUCAAAGGUAAGAGUACCAUGAAGCAAUAUAUGCCCAAAAAACCCAUAAAAAGGGGGUACAAGUGUUGGGCCAGGUGCGACUCCAAAAGCGGCUAUCUGUUCCAGUUCCAAUUUUACACAGGUAAAGUUGGUAAUACAUCCGAAGAAAACUUAGGUUACCGGGUGGUAUUAGAUCUUGCAGAUGAUGUGCCAGAAAAUACUCUCUUGGUAUUUGACAAUUUUUUUACGAGUUUGGGGCUAAUGACAGCUUUGUUUGAAAAAAAAAUAUUUUCAAUUGGCACUGUUCGUAUAAACAGAAAAGGCCUACCAGAAUUGAUUACCAAGAAAUCUAGAGAGACAACACUAAAACCUGGUGAAUUUAUUUACCAAUAUUCGGCGCCGCUUUCAGUUUUGAAAUGGAGAGACACCAAAGAUGUAUUUGUGUGUACUACUGCUUUCAAUCCCAAAGAUAUUAUUGAAAUAAAGAGGACUCAAAAAGAUGGUUCAAAGAAAAAUAUGUUUUGUCCAUUGGCCAUAAAAAAAUAUACAGAGUUCAUGGGUGGAGUUGACCUUUUUGACCAUUACAGGUCUUCCUAUCCUGUAGGUCGAAAAUCCAGAAAAAAUUGGCACCGAAUAUUCUGGUUUUUACUGGAAGCUGCCAUUAUAAAUUCAUAUAUAGUAUAUAUGACUACUCAUUCAAUACGAAGAAACACCCAUAAAGAAUUCCGUUUACGUCUUGCACGUGCACUUAUUGAUAAUUUUAGUAGCAGAAAGAAGCAGGCUGCAGUAUUCAAAACGAAAAAAGGGGGCUGUUAUGGUGUGCCAGAUGAGACCCGUUUAUCAAAUGUUGGACUACAUAUGCCACGCAUUAGUAAAUAUAGAAGGUGUCGAUUCUGUAGCACCCGGGCAAAAGAGCAGAGGACAAAAUAUUCUUGUUCCAUAUGUUUGGUAUCCUUAUGUGCUGCUCCAUGCUUUGAGAAUUAUCAUUCUACACCAGCACUCUCCAACAUGUAGAUUAUUUCCCACAAAGAGCUCAUUUAAUUUAGCCCUACACUUGCAGUAGGAGUAUAUUUCCCACAUUGUUUUUUUAUUUAAAUAAUAAAAAAAUAUAAAAACAAAAAAAA